UGACUGUGACAUCAUGGCAGGUGGUGUAAGCACAGGGUUUCUCCAUCCCAGGAUCCUCUGCUGAUAUCUUCUGUAUAAGAGAAGUUUCCUGAUCAACCAUGGAGAGAGACAGGAACAAGAUGGCCGACAGGAUAAUAGACCUCACCCUAGAGAUACUCUUCCGGCUUACUGGAGAGGAUUACACAGUACUAAAGACAUCCUCUAGUAGGCGCUGUCAGGCCACUGUGGGUAAAGAAUGGGGAAGAACCGUGAGCCCGCUCCCGGAAAUGGAGGAACAGAAGAUCCUAGAACUCAUCAACAAGAUGAUGGAGCUGCUGACUGGAGAGGUUCCUAUAAGGUGUCAGGACGUGGCGGUCUAUUUCUCCAUGGAGGAGUGGGAGUAUGUAGAAGGACACAAGGAUCAGUACAAGGAUCAGGUGAUGAUGGAGGAUCAGCAGCCCCUCACAUCAGCAGUCAGAUCCAGUAAGAGAACAGCAGCAGAGAGGUGUCCCCGUCCUCUUCUUCCACAGGAUCAGGAUCAGGAAAAAGAUCUGAUCUAUAUUAAUGCUACAGACAUAAAGGAAGAAGAAGAGACAGAUGUGAGCGGUGAUGAGCAGUAUAAGGAGGACAUUCCUACAGGUAACCAUCCUGAUUCUUGUACCAGGAGAUCAGAGGAGAAUCUUAUAUCUUCAUAUUAUAAAGCAGAUGAUGAUAUCACACAAGAUACAUAUGAAGAACAUUCCAUUAUCCCAGAUACACCCUCAGCCCUUCACAGACAAGAUCUCUCAUCUCAUCCUUAUAUACAGGUCCUAUCUUCUCAUUCGUCACAGACUGUUAUACAAAAUAAAGUUUACAGAAAGGGCUAUGAACAUGAAAAAGAUGACACAGGAGCAAAGCCAUAUUUGUGUUCUCAAUGUGAGACAUGUACUCAGCUAUUAAGUGUAAGACAUGGAACUCAGAAGAAGCUAUAUUCAUGUUCAGAAUGUGGGAAACAUUAUAGUGAAAAAUUACUUCUUGGUCUACAUCAAAGGAUCCACACAGGGGAGAAGCCCUUUUUAUGUUCAGAAUGUGGGAAAUGUUUUACUCGGAAAUCAUACCUUACUGAGCACGAAAGGAUUCACACAGGGAAAAAGCCAUUUUUAUGUUCGGAAUGUGGGAAAUGUUUUAGUAGAAAAUCCCAUCUCAUUGAUCAUCAGAGAAUUCACACAGGGGUGAGACCAUUUUCCUGUUCAGAAUGUGGGAAAUGUUUCAUCUAUAAAACGCAUCUUGUCGAACACGAAAGAAUACACACGGGAGAGAAGCCGUUCUCGUGUUCAGAAUGUGGGAAACGUUUUAUUUCUAAAUCACAUCUUGGUAGACACGAAAAAACUCACACAGGGGAGAAGCCGUUUUCAUGUAGCAUAUGUGGAAAGUCUUUUAACCAAAACUCAACUCUUAUUAUACAUCAGAGAACUCACACAGGGGAGAAGCCAUUUUCAUGUACUGUGUGUGGAAAAUCUUUUAACCAAAAGUCAGCUCUGACUGCACACCAGAGAACUCACACAGGAAAAUCUUUUACAUGACCGGAAUGUGGGAAAGGCGCUACCUACAAAUUACAAAAGACCAAAUAAUUCAUAUGGUGAUUUAGCAAUUUCCUUUUAUUUAUUUUUUAUUUUUUUUUUAACUUAUUUUACAAAAAACACAACCCUUACAGUCAAAGUCACAAGAAAAGUGGAAAACUAUUAAAACGUUACUGUUGUUAGAAACAACUUUUUUCCAUUUAAUACUUCCAUAAAAACUAAGUAUUUUCCUAAUAUACUUCAUUAAAAAAUUUGAUUGCUAAAGAUUUGAAAAACAGGUUUUAAAAAAUGGCCACUAGGGGUCUCAGUCUUUAAAUUUUGCAAAUGAAUCCAGAAAAUUUAGCCUUUUUGGUCCUUUUUUUUUUAAAAAGGACCAAAAUCUAUCAGGGGCCUGCAGUCUUUAAGAAGAGAAGCAUUCACAUGCACAGUUACACACAAUACAAGGUGCUAAACUAUUAUUUAUAUGCAAAAUGGUUUCUAUUUGGUCAUUUUAUGAACUUAUGUCUUGUGUAUUUGCCUCACAUAGGUUCUACAU